CUUUUUCUAUGGCUCAACACUGACAACAAUGUAGAGGUGGCAACAUAGUCGAUAGAGUAUUCGAUGGCAAAUGGAAAAGUAGUUCAUGUUUUAAAUACACAAAUGUUUGUAUUAAAUCGGCACAGCUUGGUGGAUAAUACUUGGCAUAUAUUUUUUACCAUCAGCGUGCCAGUAAUAUCCAUUAUUCUUUUGAUUUGUGAUAAGUAUUUAAAUAAGCGCUCCCCAACACCUGCCACAAGCGUUGCCACAUCUCUCACACUUGUUGCACACACCGACGCAGACGCACCCACACAACUGCGGGCCAUUACGUCAAUAUGGCAAACAAUCUGUCAAACCCGCAAUUACAACAACAACUCGUUGACUGUUGGUCAAUCAGGAUUUUGCUGUGGCUGGAUUUGCGAAGGAGCUAAACAGGACCCUGACACGGACGGCCAUAAGCUGGCGAGGAUUUGAAGCGGUGCCCCACAAUUCGCCGAGGAAAAUGCUGCCGCAGCCGCCGCCCCACGGAUUGAAGUUGAUGUCGGGGGCAGAGGAGAACCGCCACUACUUGCGCGCCUUCAUCCAGACAUACAGGGAUCUGCCCGUGCUGUGGGACACCUCUCUGCGGGACUACACCAAUCGGGAGAAGCGGGCGGAGGCGUACCUACGCCUGGUGCCCAUCUACCACUACCUGAAGCGGGACGCCACCGUGGAAGAUGUGAAGAAAAAGAUCAACACGCUGCGCACGAACUACCGCAAGGAGCUCAAAGUGGUGGAGAGUGCGAUGCGGGCGGGAAGUAUGCAUAGUCCGCGGUGCUGGACCUUCCAGGAACUGGACUUUCUGAGGAACUCUGAGAAGUUCCUGGCCGUGAAUCCCGUCUUCAAGAACGAGCACUCCUUCGCCUUCAGCGAAGGUAGCAACUGCACCACUGCCUUCCUGGAGAGCACAGCAAGCAAUACCCUACAUUAUCCAGCAGCUCGGUCCGGUGGCCAAACGCCCAAUAUCACGGAGAUGUUUCACAAGUCAUUCGGGCCGCCACCACCUCCUCCGCCGACAGUGAACCAUGGCGAGUACGUGAACAUCAACAAGCGAGCCAGGCAAACACCGCCCUGUCCAGCGCCAGGGACCGGUGGAACAACCGGUUCUCACAAUACGGACGAACUCCUAAACAUAGCGUGCGAGUAUCUGUCCAGUACCUAUCCCGAGGAGGAGUCCAUUGCCCGCACCUGGACGCACAAGCUGAAGCGACUGCCGCGCGAACAGCGUCUCCUGGCCGAGCGCUUCAUCAACGAGAUCCUAUUCGAGGCCGAGUCCAACAACCUGAACCGCGGGUCCGUGCAAAUCAACAGCUUCGAGCCCUACGUACGAUACGAAGAACCUACAGGUGGACCCGAGGAGCAAGAAAAGUCCCAGAGCCCCAGCGUGCACACGUCCAGCGAAUCCAAACCGAAUGUGGGCGGUGCAGGUGCAGGGACUGGAGCCGUUGGAAACACCAGCACGUCCAACACAAAUCCAGGCAUAAGGGAGUUUUAAGUUAACUUAGCUAAGUGUUAUUAAGUUUAAUUGGCCGAAAGGGAGAACAAGCAAUGGCCCUUGACAUAGCGGCGAAAGUCUAACAAGCUGAAUCAAAAAAUAAAUAAACCUGUACAUAUUAUCAA